AUGGAUGAUUCUCAAUCACCUGACAUUUACACAGUGCUUGAGCAACAGCAUGCGCGUCGCCAACUGCAGAAUUUGAAUCGCUUGGCGCCUUUCCUUGAGGCCACUAAGCAGUAUGGCGAUGUGGCUUCUUUGUUCUAUGAGGGCGAUGAGAUCAUGCCAUUUAUCUGGGGACCAAUGAAAUUCCUCCUAGAGACAGCAAGUUCAUCCAGCUCUUCUGCAGAGGCUUUUGACAAGCUUGUUGGCUUGUAUGAGAAGGUUGGGGAGGCACUUCCUCUUCUCAAGCAUUAUGAAGACUUCUUCCAACGUGCCAUGCCACCAUGGAAGAAAGUGUUUGAUAUAAAUUGGGAGACCAUUGAAAGCGCAUUGCUUCCCAUCAUAUCAAAUUUAACUCGAUAUCGAGACGAUAUUCAGAAUCAGACCAAAGAGACUCGAGCGGAUAAGGCUGGAACAACGCCACAACAACUGUUGGAGACCGGAAAGAAAGGAGCAAACGAUGCAUCCGAUCUUCGAGCAGCUUCUGCUACCCACAAGGAAGUCCAAGCAACAUUAGAUGCGCCUCAGACUGAUUCCGGUUAUGUGUCCACCCAUGCAAACUUCAUUCAUGACCAUCGUGCGGUAGACAACAACAAGGACGACGCAAGCACUGAAUACUCUACAACAUCAAGCUUGACUUCUCUUGAAUCGGAUAACUAUAUCGAAACAUUUGCACGCCAUUUGGCUAGUCAUACUAGAGGUCUAUCUGCCGACAAAGCAACACAGACUCGGAUUUCUACUAUUCUCCCUCCUUUACUAAAAGCUUUUGCUCUGCAGGUCGGUCAACAGACUCAGCCCCCUUUGAACAGAAAGGCCAUGGCAUUUGUCCAUAAGUAUAGAAGAGAAAUCGCUGAGACAUUCGAGAAUAUCCAAUUCAACCGAGACCCCGAAGGUUUACCAGAAACCUCCCAGCCUUCGACGUCCGACGACACAAUAGAUCGCCGUGGUUUCCUUGACGAAUGGUUCAAGCGUGUUGAGUCUCCAUCAGGAUGUCAGGAGAACGAACAAAACCAUCAGGCAAGCCCGGAACCAACUUCCACAGAGCCAGAGCCCGUAUCAAUUGAAGAGAGCUCAAUUCUUCAAACCACAGCCUUUGAGUGGCUAUUGUCUCGACUACUCAAAGAGUUUCACCUGACUCCAAUUGAGCCAUACGCCAUACAGUCAAUCGGCGAAGGGAUACUAGCAGCUCUUCCACCCCCUCGAUCUAUCAGUAGGAAAAGUCUUACCCCGACAUACAACGUUUCCAUUGAGCUUGAGUUGUCGUAUCCAGAUGGAACCACCCUCAAAAUGAGAGUAGAGACUUAUGCGUUGAUAGCAGAGGUCAACGGAAUGGCCGCUACAGUUGCGGAAAUAGGAGAACAGCUUGCCUGGUUGGGGGCCGCUUUCCGAGAGCGGCCAGAUGAGAAUGGACUCAUAUGCUGCACACCAGACAUCAUCGUCAUACCAGAAGAUUUGCCAUCAUUCCAGUCUAACUCUCAACCUGCGCAUGGCGUUGAUUUCAGAAUAUAUUUCGACGUGGAGACGGUUGAGGGAAAUCACAAUACGAACGGCCAAUGUUGGCAGUCUCUUUUCAAGAGUCCCACCCUCGUGAGGGGCUACCCUAUCCCUCGGCGGAAAGAAUGGAAUGUUGGACUAGAAGCCAGCCUCGACAUCAUGGCUGGCCUUGCUCAAACCCAUCAGAUACACACAUUUGGCGAUAGGUUUUACAUCAAGGGGUAUUGCACGAUGCUAGUUCCUACUCGCCGUUGCAGUGAUAUCCAAUACUGGCAUCUUAUCCACCGAACGGAUGGCGGUCGAUUGUCUCACUUCCCUGAUGACAUGACUGAAGAGCGAUACACAGGGAGUAUGAAGGACCUGGAACAUUUUCGGCACAUUCUAGGGUGGUGCUCAGCAGCUGAGUCUCUUCUUGGUUUAUUCAAUUCAUCCCGUACACAAGUCGCUUGCUCAAUGCUUCCGAAAUGUGAAAAGGGUGCGGCUCUUGCUGGGGAAGCUUAUAAGAGAGAACGUCCUAUUCCAAGAAUAUCCAACUACUUUCCUGUGUCGGAGGACACAGCCCCAUCAAUAGGUUCAGUGGACUAUGACUACCGACUCAGGCUAUUAGAAGCACAAUUCUUCCUUCUUUGGGACGAGAAAGAGAAGCGAGGAUGGCUCAUCAAUGGUGCUACUGCUCUGCUACACGCUGUGGAAGAAUGCAUCGCACCUGAUAUGAACGGAGAUUCCCGCUCUGCCUUGUUGUUCGGAAAGCAUUGCUCCGAGACGGCACACCAAGGCCGUAGCCCAUCAGUCGUCCAGAUACUGAAUGACAGAAAGUACCAGAAACUUCUACUGUACGGUGAGGAAAACAUGCAAACUACCGUUGGCGACAAGAUCAAAGAGUUGUGCAGUAUAUUCGAGUACUUCGUCGACCUGCAAGGCCAUUCAAAAACCACAGACAGGCUCAGUGGCAGGUCCCGAAAGUACCUGGAAGGCUGGGAUUUCGAGGAUGUAGUCAGCAACUUCAGGACUUUCCAUGCACGACAAACUACCCUAGAAACACUGGGGAAAGAGUGGGUUGACUUUAUCCGAGCUAUCAAAGCUGUGACCCUUUUUGGACAAGGCUUUGGAGAGAUCAUCCGGCCACAAAAGACCUGCAGGCGAUGGACUACCCUACCGAAAGGGAAAUACUAUAUUGCAACACUCGUUUCUGAUCUCCAUAAGGUGUUGAAAGAGCAUGGGAACUGUGGCGAUGGCCAUCUACGACUUGGCGACAAUUUGAUAUGGCAUUCUGCAACGCCUGGGUCUGACUUUUGCAAAUGUGAUCAACUGGGUCAACAGAUGGGUGGACGCCACCGUUGCGAGCCAGUCCAGGUAUGCUUUCCCUUGAACUUGGCUGAGUCUCUAGAAUCAAGGAAGAGCAAAAUACCAGACAACAAUGAGGGUGCUCUGAUAUUUGGCCAUCACUCUCUGUUUCCAUGGUUCUGGGAUGAUAUCGGUGUUCCUAAGAAACGGCGAGACAUUGAAGCCCUUUACUUCCCAAGAACAAUCGAAAAAAGCAUCGGUUUAUCGUCCGAUAGCGGUAUUGGUUCCUCUAUGUCGAGAUCCCAGGUCGAAACUCCGGAUCGGCAGAGGUCGAGGUCGCAAGAUAGUUCUGCUGAGCCAUCAAGGAAGAAGCAGAAGACGGCAACUACUACUUUUCCAAUCGAAGCCAACUCUCCCGACAGUUAUGUGGGUAUCAUAUGUGCGUUACCACAUGAGCUAGCGGCAGUCAGAGCGACAUUCGAUGUGACACUGGAAAAAUACAAGAAAGUCGAGGGCGACGCGAACUACUACUUUACUGGCAAGAUUGCUCACCAUAACGUUGUGGCUACGUGCCUUCCUAAAAUGGGAACAAAUCAUGCCGCAUCGACUGCGAAGGAUAUGAGUCGCAGCUACAAUCCGUCGUUGUGUCUCCUGGUUGGCAUCGGUGGAGGCGUGCCUUCAGCAAAGCACGAUAUACGGCUCGGCGAUGUGGUUGUAGGGAACUCUGUGGUCCAGUAUGACUUUGGAAGUGAGACAGAAGCGGACUUCCAAAUCAAAGACCGUGUUCUGCAAAGCUCGCCAAGUGAUGUGGAAAACCUCGUCAGCUCGCUGUGCUCCGACCCAGUUCUCAUACGCAGCUCAAUUGACCGCUACCUGGGCGAGAUCACCGCUAAGGAAGGCAAUAAGGUCAUCAAGCGUGCAGUGUUCCGAGAUGAGAUCGCGGCGAAGCAUGAUGUAAAGUGCUUCGAGAUGGAGGCUGCCGGUAUUGCCAACACAAUGCCUUACCUGGUAGUUCGGGGCAUUAGCGAUUACUGUGAUGGGAACAAGAACGACGACUGGCAUGAAUAUGCAGCUGCAACAGCAGCAGCAUACGCUAAGCUACUACUCAGUAAAUAUCAUAAGUAG